GGGUUUCUUUGUCUAAAGAGUUGAUGGCAAUUGCUGGUCAUGCACUCAAGACUAACAUCACCACAUUGGGUCCCCUUGUGCUUCCUAUAAGUGAGAAACUUUUGUUCUUUGUCACAUUAGUUGCCAAGAGGUUCAAUGCCGAAAUCAAGCCUUAUAUCCCAGAUUUCAAGCUCGCAUUCGACCAUUUCUGCAUUCACGCCGGAGGCCGGGCCGUGAUCGAUGAGCUCAAGAAGAAUUUGCAGCUUCUCCAUGUACAUGUUGAGGCCUCUCGUAUGACGCUCCACCGGUUCCGUAACACAUCAUCGAGUUCGAUCUGGUACGAGCUGGCUUAUACGGAGGCGAAGGGGCGGAUGCAUAAAGGGGAUCGCGUUUGGCAGAUCGCUUUCGGAAGCGAUUUCAAAUGCAACAGUGCAGUGUGGUUGGCCCUCAACAAUGUUAAGCCCUCAGCUAGUAAUCCAUGGGAAGACUGCAUUCACAAGUAUCCAGUGCAGCUUACGCUGUAAUAGCAUAAGCU